AUGCCAACACCGUGGAGAUCUUUUAUGAUUUGGACGCUGGUAGUACUGUUGGUAACCAGGUCCAAGGCAAAAACCCAAGACAUUCCCAGCAUUUACGGACCCAUCCAACAACUAGGCUCCGAGUCCACAGUCGACGCAGGCAAAUACUUCAAGCGGAAGCCAUCGGACUUUGUUCACCCAGGAAUUUGGCAUUCACACGAUGACCUCGAACGCAUACGCAAUGGUGUUUUGAAAAAUAAGGAGCCUUGGGCUUCCGCGUACAAAGAGUUCAGCGCCGACUUCUAUUCUCAAGCAAACUACACCAUUCAAGGACCCGUAGCGUAUCUCUCUCGCGGCGCGGUGAACAACUAUACAACAUUUACGAACGAUGUCCGCGCUGCUUGGCAGAAUGCUUUGAUGUGGUAUAUUACCAAAGACCGGGCUCAUUGGCAGCUCACAUCCGACAUUCUGAAUGGAUGGGGUUCCACGCUGACGGAUAUUGUCGGCAUUGAUAGAUCGUUACUGAUCGGCCUCGAAGGAGAUCUUUUCGUGAAUGCUGCUGAGAUCAUGCGCUGGGAGGGCAAUUGGACCGAGUCAGGUGCCUCAUGGACUGGUGGUUCGGGGUUUAGUAACCAACUAUACUGGCUCUUCUCUCGUCAGUCGGCCGUAAUUGGUCAGGCUAACUAUGGAAUGGUUAGUAUCAAGUCGCUGCUGAGUUUUGCAGUUUACCUUGAUGACGUUGAUUUAUAUAACUAUGCCAUCAAUGCCUAUAUUAACGGCCGAUGCGCUGGUGUAUUCUCGCUAUAUGAGCCGAGUACCGGCCAAAGUUCUGAGUCGGGACGAGAUCAGUCACAUGCAACUUCGGGAAUCGGAUGGACUGUCCUCGCGGCCAAAACGGCUCAGACCCAAGGCUCAGAUCUAUUCAGCUUGGGAAAUAACCUCUUAUUGAAAGGAGCUGAGUACACGGCUAAGUAUAACCUAAAUUACACUGUCGAUUACGACCCUGAUUGGUAUCGAUGCGAGGCCGUGUUAGUCAAUGGUCCAUGGGCAAAUAUAUCGGAAGAAGAUCGAGGUGUCACUAACCAGAGGCCCAUUUGGGACAUGAUAUACUAUGAGUAUGUUGUCAAAAGGGGCAUCCAUGCACCGUAUACUACCGAGGCAGUCACGAAAGAAGGCUUCGAGGGACGGGUCUAUAAGAAUGUGGAUGACUUGCCUAGCUGGGGGUCACUGGUGUUCGCUUACUAG